UACUGAAUAGAGAGGAGACAAAACGCAAAUAUACCUUAAUUGUGAUGCAAUAGAGAUCAUAAUUCUUUGUAUAUAUUUGUCUGAUCAAAUCAAAUAUUCCUUACUGUAUUCAAUAUAGUGGUAAAGUUUUAGCUAUCAACGGCUUCUAAGUUAUUAAAGGGAGUUUAAUGUUAUAUGGAACUUGGGGUGAAAAUGAAUUAUUGGAUUGUUGCUGUUUUUGUAAUAGGAAUGAGUGUGAACAUAACUCUUGCAAGAUCAAUCAACGCCGAGAAUGUACGAAGACUAAUAGAUCUAGUAAAAAGAAGAUCACCACAAGAAAUGGAAGAAGAGGUUCUUUCUGCACCAGCAACACUGCAUGAAAUCAACACGGAAGAAGCCGAAGACGAUGACACUGAUGACGUACCUGGGCACGCUCUCAUAAAUCCAAAAACUGCGAAAAUGCUUGAAUCAGCUUCUAAAUUCCCUAAAAAAGAUCUUGACAGAUCUGUGUAUGGAAAUUUAGCAAAUUUAGGAAUAACAUAUAACAAAACAAAUAACAGAAUCAGAUACACAAGCUUCAGAAAAUUAAGAAACGUAGUGAAAGAAAUCGUAGAAGCAAUACGAAGAUAUCAGUCUAGAAGAGACUUGAACGAUGAUUAUUAUCAAAGUAUGGAAGUGAACAGGAUAGAGCCGUUGGAAGAUAAUGACAAUAAUGUCGAUAGAGAUUCAAAUGAAAAUGUCGAAGUACCGAUGGAUGAGAAUAAUGCUAGUGAAAUUCGCGACGACACCGACGAAGAUUUAAGCGGUACUAACGAUUACCGCAGGCGUCGCAAAUUAAAAACAAUGUUCAGAAAACGACCUUCUAGUGAAUCAUCAUCGUCCUCAGAACAUUCAUCAUCUUCAGGUAGCUCUGAUUACGAGAAAAACGCAGGCAACCCUUAUACACUCUACAAGGACAAGUACAAACAGAACUGGCCCUGGAAUCAUCAGAUGGACGGCGAUCACAUGAAUGUAAAUCCAUUAGCUCCGGAGUUCCAAAAUCAAGGCCCAUCGGGUGCUUCGUUAUUCUUUGGGAGAAAAUGGUGGUACUUCAAUCAAGAUGAUUUCCAACCAAUGCAAUAAAGAAAUUAAAUAUUAAUCAAGUUUAAUUUUAACAAGAAGAAAAUACCCAUUGUGUAUUCAUUUCUAACUUUAAAGUGAUAUUGUAACGUGUUUGAAAAUAAUUCAUAAAAUUACCUUUUAGUCUUGCUUCUACAAUAAAGCUUUCAAUAAUGAUUUUCACACUCAAGUGCUUUCUCUGUGAGCUUUUAAAAUUAUGUGUUAUUGUUAUAGGUAUUAGGUAAUCCUUCUUCCAAGAGAACUCUUUCUUUAUUAAUAAAAAAACUUUUGUUUCGAUAAAAUCUUUUGCUUUCGGACAGGAUUUCUUCGAAUUCUUUGCCUUACUGCUUUGACCAUCUUUUUCGUUCGAAUACAUUUUCUUUUUUUGUAAAAUUUUGUGAUAAAUAUUUUUACAUUGGCUUUAAUAUAAAACAGUAAAAUGCUGAAGCUCUUAUUCCUUUUAAAUCAUUAAAAGAGUGCCUGUGAGCUUCUGGCCUCUUCUUCUCAUAAUAGCUCAACCUGUCAAAAAUGCUGGUAAAUGGUGAUAUUAAUAGUGUUAUUAAGUUAUUCAUGCCGAAGUAUAGCUUUCUCUUUUAAGCUAUUCCCUAUUUUGGAGUAAGUGGAAACUAACAUUGUCACAAUUCACUCCGCGAUAGACUUUAAUAUUUUUCUGUUACCGACCCCUACCGCUGUAACCGUUCCAUAUUGUUCAGAGUAUGAACAGCUUUGCAGCAUUUACUAAUCUGUAAAUAUGCUUAGUCUGGCCAAAAAUGCUGUUAACGUGUUAAAAAUGUCCUACAUUUUGAGCUUUUAUAAUACCGCGAGUAAGCUUAAUGUUAUCAGAUUUGGAAGGUGGAUCCGGGCUUUAAUAUUCUAAGCCAAAACACCUAAUCACUGUUAACAAAAUGUCACACAAUUUUGCAGUCGCUUCUAUAAUCUAAUCUGACAGUUGUGUAGGUUUUGCUUUCGAUACAGAUUACUUUCGAUAAAUAUCUACCGAAAAUAAACAUUUUGUGAACUAAUUAUUAAUGAGCUCACAAAUAAUUAUGAUGUUACCUUCGAUAUUCAUCUACAUUUGCAUUUAUUCAGUUUCACAACAUACCCCAUUCAAAAUCCAGUUUUUCUUUCUUAAC